AUGUUUUCUGAAUAUGCCUCACGCUUUCUUGCCCAGUCACAGUCACGAAUAAAUGCCCAACCAGAUGAGGUACAAAGAGCAGGUCGUGGUCGUCCCAAUAUACAAGGCAAUCCUCGACAUCCCUCAUCACGCUCUUUCUUGCGACCAAGUGACCCAUAUCGCCCUACCGGAUCGCAGGUCUCUCAUUUCCCCUUCGCCUCGCGUGGUGCAGCUCAACCGGCCCCUCUCUUCUUCAGUGCUACCGAUGAAUUUCGAGAAGAGGAUGACGAGACCGAACGUGAGCGAGAAAUUGCAGACUUCUACGCACUCCAACGAUCAAGACGGAAUUUUGGAGACAGUAAUUUGAAAGAAUCGUCGGAACUGGAGGACUCUGGGCGCUCAGGGCUAGAGGAAAGCUCGCCAUACGAUGAACGCCCGGGCAAUGGCAAAGGUAUCAAGAGCUCGUGGCGGGGUGAGAGAAGCAUACCAGCUAUCCAUGCUUUUCCGGCAGUGGCCGAGGCCUCGGAACGCGCGCCAGAAUUCUAUGCCAGCCCCAGCAGUAGCAAAGUCCGCGGUCACCUAGUCGAUGUUGGCUUGGAAGAUUCGCUACGAAAUGACAAUGACGAGCUAGCAUCAUCCACUCCAAGUGCCCACGAUCCACCGGUUCAAAGAUUCCGUGAACGAGCUCCAUUAAGGGAGCUUGGAGCCAGCCCGCUUGACCCCAUUGAAGAGCAGGACCUUUCAUCUCAAAUUGGGCCACGGCCACCUAGCUCCACAGGCUCAUUCCCCGUCUCAGUAUCGCCUCUGGCCUCGGAGAAUAUAGUACAUGAUGCUUUCUGGGGUCAGUUGUUCUUCAUAUCCCUCGCAGGCUUGUUUGCUUCCGCCUUCCUGGUGUACUUGCACACAUCCACUCCAUCUGGAGACAAAUCAAAAUGGGGCGAUACAAUAUACAUGACUGUCCAUGGGUCUUUCUUCUUACUCGGGAUCUAUACUAUUGUAUCAAUUUUGGUCUCUCUUCUUUGGCUUGCGUUACUACGGUCCUACGUACGACUGCUCGUCCAUGUGAUCCUAGUCGCUGUCCCCGUCAUUCUUUACUCAUUCUCCCUGUACCCGUUCAUCUCAAGCUUCAAGGGGGCAUGGCACGGGUCGAGCAUACAAGACAAGGCCAUGCGAUGGGGGUCCGUUUUUCCAUUUCUCAUAGCCACCCUGUGGAUUUACAACGUCGUUAGCGGGCGUCAGAACAUUGGCAAGGCCAUCGGCAUCCUCGAAUUCGCUUGUCGAAUCCUGGGUGCCAAUCCGGAGUUACUUGCCCUAGGCCUGGGUACUCUGGUCUGUGUCGUAUCUUGGACAUGGAUCUGGAUGCUGAUGUUCACUCGCGUUUUCCUGGGUGGCCAUCUCACCAGCUCACGAUCUUUUAUCAUCGACGUGGGUAGCUGGUGGCUCGGCAUUUACUUCGUCCUCGUAUAUCUGUGGUCCAUCGGUGUCAUCGCAGGCGUACAGCGGGCCGUCACGGCAGCCACAGUGAGCCAGUGGUAUUUCCACCGUCUCGCAACUCCUGCCCCAACUUCCCGGCAAAUUGUUCAGGCAGCGGUGGUUCACGCAGUCACGACUCUGUUCGGUACAAUCUCGCUGUCCCGACUCCUCGGGCUCCUGGUUCGAUUACCGCUGAUCGUACUACCGAGUCGCCUCGCCUCCUUAAUCAGUCUCUUCGCCUACUCCUUGGUCCCCACCCCCAUCACCUACUUGACCAACCCACUAUCGCUCAGCUAUGCUGCCAUUCACUCGCAGCCUCUGAGUGCCUCUUCGCGGGGGCUCAGUCAGAUGACUGUUCUUGCCCCAUCAGCGGCUUCAAAUUCUUUACAUCCCCGGUCCUAUUCACGAUCCCCGGGCUCUGGAUCUCUUCUCUCCUAUCGGCUCUCGAAAUUGAUCCUCUACGCUGCUCGGGUCAUGAUGUCGUUGGCCCUCGGAUUUGGUGGUUGGGUGACCACUGCUCGAAGCCUCUCCACCUCCAGCACCGGCAACAGCAUCCGUGGAAGUCUCUAUGCCUAUGUGGUUGGUCUUAUCGCAGGAACGAUUGGAUGGACCACGCUUGGUGCAAUGGAAGGUGUGAUUGCUGACAUAGUAGAUGCCGCUGUCAUUUGCUGGGCAAGUGAGGUUGGCAUCUAUGGCAGAGAGGCGCGGUACUGCCGUGAGGCCGGAUGGCUCUUCGGCGAUACGCAAUCUCGUUUUGGACACGAAUAUCAAGAGGUUUAG